AUGGCAAGGGAGCCCGACCAGCUCCAGAUAACAUUGCCAGUGCCCCAAGGCAGAUGCCUGACACGUGGCCUCCAUGAUUCCAAGACUGCAACCUUUGAACGUAUUGUGGGGGAGGUGGCCUUCCAGCUGGACCGACGGAUCCUCUCCAGCAUCUUCCCCGACCGGGUCCGCCUCUACGGCUUCACCGUUGGCAACAUCCCUGAGAAAAUAAUGCAGGCUGAAAAUGACACCGUCAACCCCCUGACCCCAGAACAGCGGUCGGCCAUGAUGGACCGCUACAAUGAAAUCAUGAACCGCUUGAAGCCACAGAACUACAACCCCACCAUCCACCCCCAGUUCACAGAGCACAUUGUGAACACCUACGGCAUCCUCCGUGAACGUCCCGACGCUGCAGGUUCCGAAGCUCAGCUGUACAAUGAUCCAAACUACCUGCACGAGGUGAUUGUCAGCGUGGUUCCCCAGGACAAGGUGGCCGACUGCCUGAUCCUGCUCAACUGCCUCCGACAGCUGUCCCAGGCCGAUGGGAAGCCCCUUUUCAUCUGGUGA